GGCGGGCGGUCGGCGGUUCUCAUUCAUUGUCUUGACAAGAGCAUCCUCAGCGAGCCUCGAGCUCCUCCAGCUCCUUCCUCCUCCUCCUCUUCUUCCUCCUCCAUCUGGGGGGUCACUCUCAUCUCUUCGCAGCAGGAUGAGCCGGCAGGUGGUCCGCUCCAGCAAGUUCCGCCAUGUGUUCGGACAGCCAGCCAAGGCCGACCAGUGCUAUGAGGAUGUGCGGGUCUCACAGACCACCUGGGACAGUGGCUUCUGCGCCGUCAACCCCAAGUUUGUGGCCUUGAUCUGUGAAGCCAGUGGGGGAGGGGCCUUCCUGGUGCUGCCCCUGGGCAAGACUGGACGUGUGGACAAGAAUGUGCCCUUGGUCUGUGGCCACACAGCCCCUGUGCUGGACAUUGCCUGGUGCCCACACAACGACAAUGUCAUUGCCAGUGGCUCCGAGGACUGCACGGUCAUGGUGUGGGAGAUCCCUGAUGGGGGCCUGAUGCUGCCCCUACGGGAGCCCGUUGUUACCCUGGAGGGCCACACCAAGCGUGUGGGCAUCGUGACCUGGCACCCCACAGCCCAGAAUGUGCUGCUCAGUGCAGGCUGUGACAACGUGAUUCUGGUGUGGGACGUGGGCACUGGGGCGGCUGUGCUGACACUGGGCCCGGACGUGCACCCGGACACAAUCUACAGCGUGGACUGGAGCCGUGAUGGUGCCCUCAUCUGCACCUCCUGCCGCGACAAGCAUGUGCGCAUCAUUGAGCCUCGCAAAGGCACCGUGAUAGCUGAGAAGGAUCGUCCCCAUGAGGGAACCCGGCCGGUGAGGGCUGUGUUUGUAUCAGAUGGAAAGAUCCUGACCACAGGCUUCAGCCGCAUGAGUGAGCGGCAGGUGGCGCUGUGGGACACAAAGCACCUGGAGGAGCCGCUGUCCCUCCAGGAGCUGGACACGAGCAGUGGCGUCCUGCUGCCCUUCUUCGACCCUGACACCAACAUUGUCUACCUCUGUGGCAAGGGCGACAGCUCUAUCCGGUACUUCGAGAUCACUUCUGAGGCCCCAUUCUUGCACUAUCUCUCCAUGUUCAGCUCCAAAGAGUCCCAGCGUGGCAUGGGCUACAUGCCCAAACGUGGCCUGGAAGUGAACAAGUGUGAGAUUGCCAGAUUCUAUAAGCUGCACGAGCGGAGAUGUGAGCCCAUUGCCAUGACUGUGCCUAGAAAGUCGGACCUGUUCCAGGAGGAUCUGUACCCGCCCACUGCAGGGCCUGACCCCGCACUCACGGCUGAGGAGUGGCUCGGGGGUCGGGAUGCUGGGCCCCUCCUCAUUUCCCUCAAGGAUGGCUACGUACCCCCAAAGAGUCGGGAGCUGAGGGUCAACCGGGGCCUGGACACUGGGCGCAGGAAGGCAACGCCAGAGGCCAGUGGCACUCCUAGUUCGGAUGCAGUGUCCCGGCUGGAGGAGGAGAUAAGGAAGCUCCAGGCCACAGUGCAAGAGCUACAGAAACGCUUGGACAGACUGGAGGAAACAGUCCAGGCCAAGUAGAAGACCCAAGGCCUUCAGUGGGCCUUCCUUCCAUUCACAAACCCAUUCUUCAGGCCACAACAGCAGAUAAGAAAAAAAAAUAAUAAUAAAAUGGCUUUAUUUUCUGGUA